CUUGCGAGAUCAUGCACGCAAAGAAGAAAGUGAGUGAAUUGUCAUGCAUGCAUGAUCCUACCGCCAAUCGGACAUGGAGGAAAUGACGAUAGAAAGGUUAAAAAGGUUGAUGAUUGGGUUGGUGGUAGGAUUAGUCAUAGGGGGCUUGAUUCUCUUCGCCGAUGCCACAAGGCCCCAAAAGCCAGAUGAUAUCAGGCUAAACGAGCGGGGUGAGUGCGUGUACCCCAUGAGUAUGUCUUUCGCGCUGGGCUUGGUCGAAAUGGGUUUCAUUAUGUCCGUCGUCUCGCAUUUCACCUUCGCACUCCGUGACGGCGUCUCCGGACCCAACUUCAGGCUCGGCAUCCUCCUCAUCUUCAUCUCAUGGUGCUUGGCGUUGAGAGCGUGCCAGUACCUUCUCAUGGACAUGGCGGCGAUCCGGCCCGGGAACCGCGGUAAAGCCCCCGAGUGUUACACCUAUCUUGAGGCGGAUCAUCAUCACUUUAUGGAGAAGACAUGCGACCUCGGCAUCUUGGCCAUCAUCUUUGGAGGGUGCUCUUCCAAGUUACUUUCCCCUCCUCCUCCUCCUCCUCCUCCUCCUCCUCCUCCUCCUCCUCCUCCUGUGGCAUCCUAG